AUCCCAGCGGCGGCGAUGGACAGGGUCAGCCUGCUGUGGCGUCUGAGGCGUCGGGCUCGCCGUGGAGCCAUCUGCAUGGCCUUCUUCUGCAUCUCCAUGGCUCUGCUCUACGCCAUCUGUGCUGAAAACAGCGUGCCCGUCACAGACGCCAUCUUCGGGGUUCGGGCAAGAACCCGGGCUCAGCCUCGAGCGCACUCAGUCAUCAAGGUGCUGAGAGGCGGAGCCAAGCCCAUGUACAUCGACCCCCAGAAGCUCCCGGGCGUCGUCCCAGGUGACCCACGCCGCCCCAUCCCGGUCCUCUCCUCGCCAAACAGAACCCACGAAGCCGUGGAGUCGGCGUCAAAGCGUAAGACGAGAGAUCGAGAGCCGUCGGGCUUCUUCACCCGGAUGCUGCCCCGCCCCUUCACCCGGGCACUGGAGACCCUGUUCGGAGGACGCAGGAAGGGGGAGCCGAGCGGGAGAGGCGGCGACGCCGAGUUCUUCGGGCCUCACGGGCUCCUGGGGGAGGUCUGGGACGACGAGAUGUCCAGUAGCAUGCUGGGAAACCGACUGAGGAAGGUGGUGCAGAACUAUCAGGCGAUGAAUAAAUACGGCGUUGAGCUCUCCGGUCCCGGCGCUGUCCCCAGCAGACGCAAGCUGAGCGGCCACGAGCUUCUCUGCCAGCUGAAGGACAAGGUGGAGGUCGCCACGUUGACGCCUGAACUCCCGCCGUUCUCGUCGCUGCCGUGGGCCGCCCAGCUGCCGUCGCAGCCUCUGACGUCAGACCUGGGCCCGUACAGGAGCUGCGCCGUGGUGUCGUCUGCGGGGUCGCUCCGAAACUCUGGACUGGGCCGAGAGAUCGACUCCCAUGAGGCCGUGCUGCGCUUCAACGCCGCCCCGACCACCGGCUACGAGAAGGACGUCGGCGCCAAAACGACGAUACGCCUCAUUAACUCACAGGUGAUGGCGUCUGAUGACCAUCGCUUCCUGUCCAGCUCUCUGUACAGCUCGGGUGCUCUGGUGGCCUGGGACCCCGCCCCCUUCUCUGCUGACCUCACUCAGUGGUUCAACCGGACAGACUACCCCAUCUUCACCCAGUACCAGAGGUACAGGAGGCUCCACCCCCUGCAGCCCUUCUACAUCCUGCAUCCUCGCUUUGAGUGGCAGGUAUGGCAACGAAUACAAGACAACAUGGCCGAACCCAUCCAGAAGAACCCACCUUCCUCCGGCCUGCUCGGCACCGUCCUGAUGAUGUCGCUGUGCGAGGUAGUACACGUUUACGAGUUCCUGCCGUCUCGCAGGAAGACGGAGCUCUGCCAUUACUACCAGCGCUUCUUCGACGCCGCAUGCACUCUUGGCGCUUACCACCCGCUGCUGUACGAGAAGAACCUGGUCAAACGGAUGAACCAGGGCGCCGACCGCGACAUCUACAACCACGGACGAGUCACGCUGCCCGGCUUCAGCAAGCUGAACUGCAGCCAGGCUGAACGCUGAGCACACACACACACACACACACACACACACAGACACACCCACACACACAGACACACACACAGGAAGUGACGCAGAACGCUGCAUGAAGACUCUUAUGGAUUCAGACGCAUGAAUACUUCAUACCCACUAACGACCCCUGAAGAACGCCGUACCACUCAUUAUGUAUACACACACAGACACACACACACACACACACACACACACACACACACAGACACACACACACACAGACACACACACACACAGACACACACACUGACUCUUAAAGGACCGUUCGGCUGUUUUAAGGUUCUCAGUCACUGACGAGCGUCUUAAAGUGAACAAACGCGGUAACUGAUCAUAAAAGUCUGUAACCAUGACAACCAUCAACUGCGUUCAGUUGAAAGUCACCAGAUGACACGGUCACGUUUUAAACCGUAACACCGUAACCAUUGUUGGAUCUUUACUUCUGUAACUCUACGUCUUUGUUCACAGAUUAACGGCUAGUAAAGUUUCACCACCUUCGCUCGCCGCUGAUAACCUCCGUGACCUUUAAAGGAGAUCUGUUGAUCCAGAUGCAAAUACAGAUGUGUAGAAUCACGAUGUUGGCCGUCCAGACUACGGCCAGACUAUCCCAUCCAGUCUGUACUGUCCAGACUAUCCCUGAUAGUGGUGGUUUCCUGCUGCUUGGCGAAAACUUGGCAAGAACCUGACGUCAGGUUCUGGCGACAUAUCAGAGCAUGGAGUUGUAGGACACGCCCACCUCAGCAGCUCUUUCAAGGACUCGCCCACCAGGAAGCUCACUCAGAUUUCCCUGCAACUGCAAACAGAGAUGGCCAAUCUGAGGAGAGUGGGCAUAUGGGGGGGGGGGCCUUAAAGAGACAGUAACUGAAAUGAAGCGUUUCAGAGGCUGAGGCUGAUUUACUGACGGACGCCACGAUAAUAUAAAGAAGGAGGAGUCCCAGAGUGACAUCAGUGAGGAUCAUAGAUCUCCUUUAACGCUCGCCAAUCAAUGCACGACUCAUGACGUUACGUCUUCAAACAGCUGAUUAUUGUCAACAAACUGUGUUCAGGAACUGUCUGAACAUCCUGAACUUCUUAAAGCUCAGAACCCGACUGAUGACAGACUGUGGCGCCUCGUGUGUUCAGGUGUAAAAACGUGCGGCGUUUUUUGUUCCUGUGGGUUAGGGUUGUUAGUUGGACUGAAACGUGUAAACAGCUGAUUGCACGACCGUUUAAAUGUAAAUACUGUAACAUAGGAGUCUUUCCACCAGGGGGCGCUGAUCACUGCCGACUCUGCUCCCACCUCAUCCCGAGGACCAAUCAGGUUCAGUGCUGUACCAGUCUGAGGACCAAUCAGCUUCAGUGCUGUAUCAGUCUGAGGACCAAUCAGCUUCAGUGCUGUAUCAGUCUGAGGACCAAUCGUCUCCGAGUGUAUUUCCGACAGUCUGCAGUCGAUUUUGUUCCGGCUGUAAAAAACGUUUCCCAGAUAUUAAAACUGUAAAUAAAACGGCAGUAACUCGCAGGACUUUACGACUCCACUCUGUGAAGAACGUUUUCUUUAGUCCAAAUAUUCAAACUAACGUGAAGAAGGAACCCGGUGAAGAAGCUGCUAGCUAACGUAGAUAGCCUACUUUAACUUCCUGUAUAAAGUGUAAACUAAUGAGAAACUAGCAUAGCGGCUUUUCAGCAGACAUCAAAGGAUUUAACACACUAGCUAGCUAACAUCAUAUUUAAUGCGACAUAAGGGAUUUAAACUAGCAGCUGCUAAGAUGCUACUGUAGUUAGCUUGACCUUCAACUGCCUGAACGCCAACACUUUAAGACAUAAACCUCACGUACGGGACCUAAAGGGUUAAAGUGCUAACCACAACGUUUAGUGAGCGCAUGUGAAACUCUUUGAGAUAUUCCGGCUCACAGAAAUGGCGAGCGACCCUCAAACUAAAAGACGUUUGUGACACCUUGUCGUGCUCACGGGAUCGUUUCUGGCGAGUUUUCUGUGCUGACUUUUAACCUCUCUUGUUUUGCCCACGUGACCUUCGGGGCUCCGUAGUGAAGAGAUGACAUCAUAUUUAUAUCGGAUUAUUCCUGCUGCAUAUGCACAGUUCACGAUGACGUAGCGUAGCAUCAGGAGAAAACCAGAAUGAGUUCAAUCUGUGACGAACACAAAUGAUCCUCGAUAUAAACGUGUACUGCUCCGCGUUAGCCAGGUCAUUAGCAUGCUAACUACACCUGCUUGGAUCUGAUAUUUGAAUGGGUGAUUGUUGAAUAUAUUCUGUUGAAUUAAUGCACCACUAGGUGGCGCUGAUGACAAUAAGGAAUCAUAACUCACUUGCUGUAGGACUUUUUAAGCGCUGGUUUGUAUGAAACUAAAGUUUUUUCUGUUAAGAGGGAAAUGAGUGAACACCUGUCGGUUUAAAAAUGCGAAACACACUCGUGGUUCCCAGAGGAUGAAAAUCUGAUGUGGUUGUCCUUUUGAUGUAGCGCCAUCAUCAGGUCAAAAAUGUAAUCACAGUUUGGUUAAUGACACCUGAAGGAGUUCGAUCUUUUCCUUCAGUUUCAGCUGUACUUUGUGUUUUACACUUGUUAGCGAGUGUUAGCAUGCUAACACGCUAAGCUAAGAUAGGGAACAUGGUUCACCUGCUGAACAUCAGCAUGUUAGCAUCGUAAUUGUGAGCAUGUUAGCAUGUUGAUGUUAGCAUUUAGCUUGUAAAUAUUUUGUGUUGGAUUUGCUUUUUACAUGAUGAGACCUCUGAAGGCGAUGUUCAGAGGACAGCAGGUGGCGCUAAGGACUCAACGUGGUCCUAGAAGCUUUAGCUCAGGUGUGACUAGCAUACCGAUGUUUAGGGUUACGGUCGGUCAUUUGAAGCUAAAGCAGUCCAGAAACAAACAGGCCGCUCUUUUUUUACCCUUUAUGUUUCAUGUUGUUUUGUUAAGACGUCGUCAGGAGGGAACUCUUGAAUUAUCGAUGUCACUGAAGAGGAAACGAGGAGAACGUUUUCUCCCUAUGCAGUCUUAACUCCUUCUUCAUGUCGGCCGUCAGCGUGCGUCUGAAACCUGUAGACGAUUGAUCGGAGCGUACGGAUGCACUUCUGCUUUUCCUUCGUGCUCUUGAGAGGAACGGUUGUCGAUCUGAUUUGAUCUUUGGUCCCAUUUAUUAGCUUUGGUCCCAUUUAUUAGCUUUGGUCCCAUUUAUUAGCUUUUAGCGAUGCUAGCUUAGCUGUGUGAAUGGCCUUACACACAAAUCUGAAAUAUCUCAACUACCAUCCAAUGUGUUAGUUCAAACUUUGGUACGGAUGUUCACGGCUCCCUGAGGAUGCAUCCUGCUCACUUUGGAAAGUCUGGCUUUCUCUAUAGCGCCACCAUGAGGUAGAUAUUCCUUUUGUUCCAUGUCAGAACUCCCAGCCUAUUUGGAGUUUGUUUGAGACAAUCGUGGUCCCCAGAGGAUGAAUCCUUUUAACGUUGGUGGUUUCUGGAUGAAGCUUGUUGAGACUUCAUGAUCCAAACAAGAUCAAUCCCACUAUCUCUGUUAGAUCUUACAUUUCCUCUGCUGCCCCCUGCAGGUGUUUAUUUUUAGUGUUUUAAUAACUGCUAACCUGGUUUAGUGAGCUGCUGUGACGUUCAUGAUCCUCUGACUUCAGGUUUAUUCUGUGAAACAUCUCAGUCACUCUGGAUCCUCAGAGGAUUUAUCCUGAUGACUUCUGGUUUUCAUUGUGCUUCUGUAGUUUUGUAGUUUUAGUGAAAGACCCCUUAGUGGAGGGUUCUCAUGGAUUUGAGUCUGGGGGGGGUUCAUGGUUCCCAGUCGAUGCAUCCUCGUACCUUCGUUGAUACAGAUUUCAGCACCGCCAUGACAUUUUUGGUUUUGAGGAACGUGUUGGUUGUGAGGAAAUGUUUAUUUUCCCCUUUCAGACUAAAUUGGAAUAACAUCUGUGAUCUCUGAACGCUUCAUUUAGCGCCAUCAUGUGGCCAGAGUUUGUGUUUGUCCACUCGGUUUUAUGACCACAAACCUGCAGAGAAUCACGUUCUCAUCAGCUCCGGCUAGUGCUAGUUAGCAAAUGUUAGCAUGCUAACAUGCCUGAUUCUGAUGGGCAGCACUUCAUCUGUUUAAGAUUAGCAUGUUAGCAUUGUCAUUGCCUGUUAGGAUGCUAACAUUAGCAUUAGCCCGAGUACAGGCUAACAACUGUGCUAGUCUUUUUUUUUCUGUUCAUUAACUGGAGAAUGUUCUCUUAAGACUCUAAAACUUUAAUAAAAUAAGACAUUUUGGGGCGUCGUGGCCUAGUGGUUAGGUAGUGCCCUAUGUACAGAAGCGGACCGUCAUGGUUCAAGUCCGACCUGUGGCUCCUUUCCUGCAGGUCAUUCCCGUCUCUCACUCUGAUCUCUGACUCUGUCCACUUCCUGUCUCUAAAUAAAGGAAUAAAAUAAAUAUCAAAACAUUCUGAAAAAGAGAAAUUGAUCUUUGGUUUCAAUAAUUCACAAUAAAGUUUAUUUUAAUAAAAACCUGUGAACGCACACUUAUUAAACAUUCAGACACUCUGUGACCUCUCUGGUUCAUCACAGAACUUCAAACCUUCACGAGAGCCCAGAAACCCGCUGGACCAGUGAGAGUCCGGCGUCUGUUGGACUGAUUCUCCUGGUGGUUCUGGUUCUGAUGAUCCUCAUGGUUCUGAUGGUUCUGGUUCUGGUUCUGAUGCUUCACGUUGUACUCGGAGGGUUCUUCACGCCGUCUCUGAACUGUGUCAUGAUGUUCUGUUUUAGACUCUUUGUGUUUCACGCUGUGUGAGCAGAAGGUCAGACGAUCUGGAUGAACGUCCCGGCGUUUGGAUGAAGUUUAGAAAUGUGAUUCAAACUGAAAUAAACAAAUAACAACAACA